CUGAUCCUGGACGAUGGAGACUGUGGAAGUUUUCAUGCUGCUCACAAAAUGAGGCCCAUGAUGUAGAGGAAGGAGGCGGGAUCAGCUCGGUGUGAUCAUCUGAGCUGAAGAACGGUCAGAUCCCUCUGAGCUACAAUGAGAGGCGCAUCUCUACGACGUCUGUUCUUUCUGAUCUUCUUGCUGUGCUUAACAACAGUUAAAGUCCUCCCAGCUGGUCUGACUGUGAGUCCCAGCAGAUCUCAGUUCUUUGAAGGAGACUCUGUGUCUCUGAGCUGUGAGGAGGACAACAUCUCUGCUGGAUGGACUGUGAGGAGAAACACAACCAGAGGAACUCAGUGUGGAGAUGGAUGGGGGAAACCAGCUGGUUCUUCCUGUACCAUCAGCAACCUCUUCAUAGAGGAUACUGGAGUGUACUGGUGUGAGUCCAGAGAGGGAGCAGCCAGCAGCAGCAUCCAGCUCACUGUCUCUGGUGGAUCAGUGAUCCUGCAGAGUCCUGUCCUCCCUGUGAUGGAGGGAGAUGACGUCACUCUGAGCUGUCAAACAAAGACUUCCUCCAACCUCCCAGCUGCUUUCAUUAAAGAUGGCUCCCUCAUCAGGACUGAGCCUGCAGGUCACAUGACCCUCCACCAUGUGACCAGCUCUGAUGAAGGUCUCUACAAGUGUAACAUCAGGGGUCAUGGAGAGUCUCCAUCCAGCUGGAUCUCUGUCUCAGAGAAAUCCUCCACAUCGUCUCCAACAACCACUCCUUCUCCUACAUCAGCCUCUCCACCCUCUUCCCAGUUUCUUCCCUAUGGGCUCCUGUCUCUAACUGGUGUCGUUGUUGUGGUUUUACUGCUGGUUCUACUGGUGAAACAUCAGGUUAACAGGAAAUCUAGAGGUAAUCAGGAAGUUGGAGAGGAAAGUAUCAUUUACAGCGAUGUUAAAAUAUCCCAGCAUGAACAACGGAGAAACAAACCAAACAAAGAACUUCCAGCAGAACCAGAAGUGAUCUAUUCUUCACUGAGGUAGUCCUCCAUUUCCAGCCUGCAGAUAAAGAUCUACUUCUGCUGAAGAUCUGCUUCUUUCUCUGGAAAUGAGUUCAGCAAGAUGGACACAAAGGUCUCCUGAAUGUAUUUCAAUGUUUCAUUAUCAGUGUGGUGUUCAAUGUUCUCAGUAACUUCAGUUAUUUUCUGUUUUCAAUGUUUGGUCUGAACUGUUCUAACCACAGCAGCACGAUGGUUCCUCUGCAGCUUCAACAUUCAAUUCAAUUCAAUUCAAAAAUACUUUAUUAAUCCCAAAGGGAAAUUAAAUGUUGUUGUAAC